UCACCUGCCACAAGCGGUUUAAGAUCCAGCGAAAGGGUAAGUAGCUGAAAGUAAGGAAAAUAAGAAUAGUGGACGUAUGGAAUUAAAAGAGGACUGCUCACAUGGCACCAACGUGGACUGAUCUGUUUCUGUAAUUUCUGUAUUUGAUGCACGUACCUUUGGUUCGUGAACAUAAGCGGAAAGUGCGAAAAGAAGCAAAGAAACAGGGAAAUAAAGGUAAAAAAUCGCGAAAGGACCCUGGUGUUCCGAAUAGUGCUCCAUUUAAAGAAGCCAUUCUUCGCGAAGCUGAACAAAGGAAGCAAAAUCUUGAAGAACUGAAGCAGAAACAGAAGCUUGCCAGACAGAAAGAAGUUGCAAAGAAAAGGAAACUUGAGGCAUCUAAAGAUCCAGAAAUAAAUGAGAAGCAACUUAAGAGAACUGCUUUAAAGCAACAGAAAAAAGUAGACAAAUUGGAAGGUAAAAGCCCAAGAAAAUCUGUAUGCAGCGAGCUGAAUAAGGUGCUUGAUGCCUCGGAUGUGGUUUUAGAAGUGGUAGAUGCCAGAGAUCCUCUUGGUUAUAGAUGCCCUCAAGUGGAGCAGGCAGUCUUGCAAUCUGAGGGAAAGAAGCAACUAGUUCUUGUAUUGAACAAGAUUGAUUUGGUGCCAAAGGAGAAUGCAGGGAAAUGGCUUCAAUAUUUGGAAAAUGAAUUUCCCGUUGUAGUUUUUAAAUCAUCUACACAGUUGCAAGACAGAACAAUGGAACAGAAAAAAAUCUCUAAACUGAAUAAUAGUAUAGAGAUAUCACAUAGCAAUACCUGCGUUGGUGGUGAAAGUCUUUUAAAACUGCUUGGCAGCUACUGCAGAAAACAAGAUUUAAAAAGCAUUAAAGUUGGCGUAGUAGGCUUUCCAAAUGUAGGGAAAAGCAGUAUAAUUAACAGCUUGAAGAAAAUGAGAGCUUGCAACGUGGGACAAAUCAGAGGUCUUACAAAAUCCAUGCAGGAGGUGCAUGUUGAUAAGCAGAUCAAAGUAUUGGACAGUCCAAGUAUUAUUGCUUCUUCAUCAAAUUCAGCUGUUGCCUUGUCCUUGAGGAACAUUGUAGACAUUGAAGCACUAGAAAAUCCUUCAUCUGUAGUGGAACCCAUACUGAAGAACUGCAAUAAACAGCAGGUUAUGUUGCAGUAUAAUAUCCCAGACUUUCGAACAUCACUGGAAUUUUUAACGUUACUGGCUCGGAAAAGGAGCAUGUUGAAGAAAGGGGGGAUCCCUGAUAUUGAGAAAGCAGCCAAGCUGAUCCUUUACGAUUGGACUGGAGCAAAGGUUAGUUAUCAUACACAUCCACCAGAGAGACAUAAGCUACCCAUAUACAUCACUGGAAACCUUGUGGAGGAAGCAAGAAGAGGCUUCAAUGCUGAAGAACUAACCAAAAGCAAUGAAAACACACUUAAAGCUGUUAGAUGCCCUAACUUGGCCAGUAGUAUAGUAUUCCAAUCUACAGGACCAACCAAUGGACUAAUUAAAGAGGACAAUAUGGAAGAGGAAAUGCAUGAUCAGGAAAUAAAUGAGGAAGAUGCCGAUGACAGAUCAGUGGGCCGAGAAAAUUUGGAGGCAGAAUAUAUUGAAAUAGAUAAAAAUGAAAACUUAAAAGCCGACGGAUGUUCAAUAGCCAAAAUGUUGCAAGUAAAACAAAUGGAAGUAUCCUCCAAGAAAAGGCAACUGGAAUCAGAGAAAAUAGCUGACCCUAACCAAAAGCCUAUCAGUGUAGAUCUAUCUUGUGAAAAACCAAUGGAGGAUGCAUAUGACUUCAACACUGAUUAUAUUGAGGAUCUGUCACCAGUGCCAAUCAGUUCACUCUAGGGUGGCUAGUGACUGUUUUAAGAUUUGGACUGUACAAUGCAAUGAAUUGGUUUACUGAGACUUUGGAGUGUAGUAAAACAAAUUGUAUGAUAACUUGUAAAAUAUGUGUUGAAUAUAAGACAUUAAAUAAUUUUUGCUAAA